UCAAAUAGCCAGCUGGAAAGGGUCCAGUGUUCCACCACCUACACGCAGAGCUGAGCGAGUUGGCUCAACUCAACUCACCUCAUAACUCGUAAGCAUUAUCAUCACAUCUCAACUCAACCCCGUUCGUUAUGCCGAUGGGAGACCAGAUCGACGAUGAUCAUUCUUCUCCGGUUCAACCGGCCGAUCAAGAAAUAGUUUCUAAAAGAGAUUACAUCAACAUUUCUUCUCAUCCCUCUAUUACCAAGAUUUUGCGCAAACAAGGUGACCAGGAAGUUCUAUUUGCAGAUAAAAUUUUGAAGUUCACUGGUUCAGGGAAGAUGAAAUCCCGCAUUCUUAUAAUUACAGAUUUUGCUGUUUACUUCGUUGAUCCAGAGAUUGAUGCUCUUAAACGGAGGAUAGCACUUGCAGCUGUUGACAAGAUUUGUCUUAGUAAACUAAAUGAUAAUUUUUUGGCUGUUAUAAUUCCCACCGAGUAUGAUUUACUAAUUGCCAGUGCUCGAAAGAUUGAAAUUAUCACCGCAUUUAAUGAAGCUACUACGAAAGCAUCUGAUUAUGAACUUGAUGUGCUUACUUCUAAUAGGUUCGAGUAUAAUGCAGCGUCUGACGUGGUUAAGGAAAUUGAAUUUGAGGAAGUUGAAGGAGGUGUCAAAACAAGAAUUUUGAGGAAGUGAAUUUCAUUUUGUAUUUUCACGAUGAUAUCUGUACACUUGGUAGGAGGAUUUUUUAUUGGUUGCAUGGGAAAGGUUCUUCUGGGCUUAGCUUUCCUUUUCCCACUGGUUAAUAGUAUCAGAAAUUGUAAAAGAAAAGAAAUGUACAUGAUGCAAGUUUUCAGCUUAAAACCAGAUUAAGCUGCAUGUAUGAUAGAAUUAAACCGAAGUUUAUGAACUAAUAUGAAAGUUCUGUUAUUUUUACCA